AUGAAAGCGGCGUAUCUGAAGCUAGUGGGAAGUGUAGACGAAGAGGAGAAGAGGGCGAAUAGGGAGCAGUAUAAGCUGGCUAGGAUGGAGGUGAAGUUAGCACUUAUGGUGGCCAAGAAUGCAAUUUUGAGUCAUUUGUAUGAGGAACUCGAGGGUCGAGAUGGGGAUAAGAGGUCGUUCAGGUUAGCCAAGGAGCGAGAAAGGAAGGCUCGUGACUUGGACCAGGUGAAGUGCAUCAAGUACGAAGAAGGUAGUGUUUUGUUAGAUGAGGGACUUAUCCGUCGGAGAUGGCAGCCUUACUUCCAUAGUCUCUUGAACAAGGAGGGGGACAGGAAAAUUGUACUAGAUGAUUUGGAAUCUCCUGGAGUCUUGUGA